AUGCGCUCACCGGUACAUCUCAUCGUGGCUGUGGCCCUCCUGGCGAUUACGGGGGCUUCUCAACCGACCACCACAGAGUCUGUGGCUGUGCCAGACGUUGUAUAUUCAAGAUACACCGCUGAAAUCGCUGGCGACUUCGUCUCCAAGAGGAAGUUGAGAGCCGACAAGGCAGCGGACCAAGUCGUCAGUACGGAAGAGAGGGGGGUCACAGGAUUUUAUCCAGUGCCAAGAAGACUCAAUUGA